AAGUCUUAAUGGUAAAAAAUUGUGAAAACAAACUUUUAGAGUUAGUAAGAAUUUAAAGCCUUUUUGGGGUAACUUUUAGACUUCACUGCCACUUAGUUUCGAGAAAUGAGACCCAUCAACACAAAAAGUAGGAAGAAGAAGUUAUAGAACUUUCAUAAUUCAAUCGGGGGAAAGAACUUUUCAACCAAGAACGAAGAAGAAGAAAACGAAAAGUCUUAAGAGAGAACGCGUUAAUAAAAUUUACCCUCGAAUAUAGACAAAAGUUUAUUUCAUCUUCGGCCAGCAGCCGAUACAUUCAUGGCUUGAACAUGUGUGUGGAUGCUGCUGCCAUAGCCAAGACCCAAGACCCAUUUUAACCACCAUCCAUCCAUCCAUCCAUCCAUCCAUAUAUACAAAGAGUGUAGGUACCCUUAGCAAACACUAUUGAAACUCUGACACACGCUCCUUAUAGUACUUGAGGUUUUCGUACUGCUGCUUCUUGCAAACUUCUAAUAAAAUGUAAUCGAAAAUCUCGACACUAUUCUCUCGUUCAGGAGCAAAGGAACCACAAGCCAUCAACCACCCAAGGAAGAACCACCACAACGAGCGAACGACGACAAGGAAUAACCUAUACGAAACGUUGUUGACGUCGGGAUUCAAGACACAAUUCGCCCAUCAUCAUCAUCAUCAUCAUCGUUGUUCGUCGUCGUCGUCGUUAACACCCUCUUAAAAGUUCAAAAAGUGAAGAAUUCGUUUGGGGGCUUUCAACACAUCAUCAGGAAAUACGAGAAACACGCCGGGAAACGGGAAGGCGGCAUUCUCCGUGCGCCAAACCUAUCCACCACAUCCCUUUCCCUUAUUCUGCUUUGUGUUUUUCUAUAAGAAACAAUGAAGUGUAGUAAAGUGUUAAGCUGAUGGGCCCCUGGUGUUUAAUUGGGGCCCUCCUACUGCUGUCGGCAACAGCGGGGGACUCCACAAAUAAAAUCUCCUCCGGAUCGUCGUAUGGUGGUAGCGGCGGCAUCAUACCGCUCUCUUCAUUAUCAUCAUUGUCGUUGACUUCGUCAUCAUCAUUAUCAUCAGGGUCUUCGUCCUUGUCGACAGGCGGCGGAGUUGGAGGCGGCGGUGGAGCAAUAGCAUCAGGUGGCGGCGGAGGUAGUGUUGGAGGAGGUAGUGGUGCAAUUGGUGGAGGAAUUCUUAUUAAUGGAAUGGGCGGAGGGUUGCCAUCAUCCUCAUCAAAUGUUGUAACAGAGGAACCCGAAUUUACAGAACACAUCGAAAAUGUUACAGUACCUGCAGGACGAAAUAUCAAACUUGGAUGUUCCGUGAAGAAUCUGGGAUCUUACAAAGUCGCCUGGAUGCACUUUGAGCAAUCAGCAAUUUUGACAGUACACAAUCACGUCAUAACGAGAAAUCCGAGAAUUAGUGUUACCCACGACAAACAUGACCGCCACAGGACAUGGUAUCUCCAUAUCAACAAUGUCCAUGAAGAGGAUAAAGGACGUUAUAUGUGUCAGAUAAAUACGGUCACUGCAAAGACCCAAUUUGGUUAUUUGAAUGUUGUUGUACCACCAAACAUCGAUGAUUCAUUGAGUUCGAGUGAUGUUAUAGUCCGUGAGGGUUCGAAUAUUUCGCUUAGAUGUCGUGCAUCGGGGAGCCCCACGCCCAUCAUCAAAUGGAAACGAGAUGACAACUCGAAAAUUGCAAUUAACAAAAAUUAUGUUGUCAAUGAAUGGGAAGGCAACACCCUGGAAAUCACCAGAAUAUCCCGACUCGACAUGGGAGCUUAUUUAUGCAUCGCAUCAAACGGUGUACCGCCAACAGUUUCAAAACGGAUAAAAGUUAGUGUGGACUUUCCACCAAUGCUGCUUAUACCACAUCAACUUGUUGGUGCUCCCGAAGGUUUCAACGUGACCAUCGAGUGCUUUACCGAAGCCCAUCCAACAUCACUGAAUUAUUGGACACGUGGCGAGGGACCAAUCAUACACGAUUCACAAAAAUACAAAGUUGAAUCCAGCAUCGGAUUCCCCGUUUACAAGACUCACAUGAAACUGACCAUUUUAAGUGUGAGUAGUGGAGAUGAUGGAAUUUACAAAUGCGUAGCAAAGAAUCCGCGGGGUGAAACCGAUGGAAUUAUCAGACUUUAUGUGUCGUAUCCACCGACAACAGUGUCCUCUGGUAUUCAAACAACAGAGGCACGAUGGGAUCAUUAUGGACAAAAUCAGGAUCCAUCUCGGUCUAAUUAUCUAGGCACUGGCAUGGAUAAAAACACUAGAUACCAAUCCAACCUAAACGACAUUGGUUUAUCUGAGCAAAAAUCCUCCCCAGAUAAGACUGGCACUGGCACUGGCUUUGGAUGGCCCGCCCAAGGCGAUGACGAACUGGGUACUGGAAUAGCAUCAUCAAUUCGAAGGCUUAAUUUUUAUUAUGGACUGCUUUUUGGUGUUAUUGCUGCGCUUAAUUUGAUUAAAUCGCUCUAAAGGCAAACAUUUCUCUCUAUACGCCCCCAACGCGCCCCCUUAAUUUGCCUCGCCUGCCAAAUAAAAUGCAUAAAAAAAAAACAGAGAAAAAUGGAAGAUUCUUUAACAUAUCCGAGAAAUUUAAAUUAAAACAAAAAACAAUUAUAUAUAUCUACAAAAAUAAAAAAUCAAUUUAUAUAAAUAAAUUAAAAAAAAAAAAAAAAAACAU